AUUUAUUCGACGCAAAGGAUAACAAGUGAUAGUACCGGCAAAUGCUUUUCUGUGUCCUAAUACUUUAUGGAAAUUCUCAGAGUACAGAAUUUUACAAUAGAUGAGAGUUCAUAUAUGCCUCGGUUAUGUUAAUACCUAUCUACGCUUAUAAAAGCUCGUGACUCGUGAGCCUUCUCUUUACACUAUUUCAUAUGAAGCGUUAUAAUUGAGUGCACAAAAAAAAAUCCGCAUAGCAGAGGGAACGUGCAGUGCAGAUUAAUAGCACGAACAAAAAAGGUCUGACCAAGAAUAUCGAUGACGUCACAGAGAUAGCGAGGAAUUCCUGAAAUGUGAAGUGAUACUGUACAGCAUACUUGAAUGAGAAUAGCAGUAAAUUUAAUAAAUGUGAUAUCAAUCAAUUCGACACGAUUGAUUGUUUUCAAUAGUAGCGCAAUUAUAAUAUUAUUGAUGCACAAUGCCAGUACGCAGAGGACACGUUGCUCCCAAAACAACGCUUAUCGAGACAAUUAUUCGAAAAUUUGAUACACACAAUCGAAGUUUUUUAGUAGCGAACGCACAACCAGAAUCAUGCCACAUUAUCUUCUGUUCCGAUGGAUUCUGCAAAAUGACGGGAUUUACCAGGGCGGAAGUGAUGCAGCGAUCAGCCUGCACCGACUUCCUGCAGGGCCAAAUGACCUCCAUCGGUGUCAUGGACUCUAUAAAGGAAGCACUAAGAAAAGGCGAAGAAAAACAUUUUGAAAUUCUUUACUACCGAAAAGAUGGUACGAAGUUUCUAUGCUCGGAAGUAAUUGCUCCAAUCCGCUCGGAAGUCGAUGAUAUCUCUCUAUUCAUCAUAAACUUUGAGGAUCUAUCAAAUCCAUCUAACCCAGAGCCGAUCGAACAAGUUAAACUAAGCAAAUUUGACAAAGCGAGAGCUAGUUUUCGACAAUCAUUUAGAAUCGGUCAUAUAGCCCUUCGUGAUCGAGGUCUACGUCUGGCAGGAUAUCUGACCCCUCCCUCCGAUGCCACACAAGAUGAGGACGAGAUUAUUGCACCGAAACAUCAAAUCGAGAGCAGUCCUGCUAACAAGAAUAAAGUCCUCAAAGUGGAAGCCAACAUUUGGGCACCCAUGUCAACGCCUGCCCUGACAAGAACAAAGGAGCUGGACUGUCUCCCACAUGAUAUCGAUACACUCAGCGGACCAGGAGAGAUUGUUAUAACGGCUCCCGAUAUAACCCAAACAACGAGAGAUGAAAGCAAGGAACAAAGUACGAAAGAUAUGAAGCCAGAAUUUGUGCAAACUAAGAGCUUAGAUUUUGAAGCGCAAUUAAAACAUGUGGAAAGCGCUAAGCUAAUUCGCUGUUACGAAAAUACACAUUUCCAAACAAGCCGUGGAUUCGUAGAAAAACGUGCCCAUACGGUAGAUGAUUUCAUGAGAGGUCCCGUAAAUCAUAAUGCACGAUUGUACUUUCCCUACGUCUCAUCAGAAAGCGACCUGCAGCGGUACAAAACAGUCCCCGUGAAGCAAGCUGCGGCAGCUCAGGAUGCGAGGACCAGCUCAUCACUUUCAAAUGUGCCUUCAGACUCGCUCAAAGCUAAGGACAAUGGCUCUGGCAAAUAUUUCCAAGGUACAAGGCAGACCAUUAACAUGGGGGAGAAGGUGGCUCAGGUCCUUCGUACCGUAACUAGCGACACUGUUCAGCUGGCGCGAAGGACGCGCGAUGGAAGAGUGAGUGGCACACCAUCAACAGAGUGCAAGAUAAAUUAUGUUGACAACAUCAUGUCCGAGGCAAGUUUGCGGGCUAAUUCGUGCGUCGAACUGUCCGAAAUACGCAAACUGGACAGCUUGCUGAGGCAGUGCGAAACGCUCAGCUACGAUGAUCUGUCCUCGGGUAGCAAUGGCGAACGGGAGCUAGAGGACUAUAUGGAACAGAGAAAGCACGUCCGAAGGCGCCGCAAUUCCUCUGGGAACUGUAUUUUUACGCCACCCAUCAACAAGUCUACUCUAUCGAUGCUCUCAAGCCUGAACAUUCUCAACGGCGCGCGAAGGAUAAUGGGCGCGAUGAACGGGCCGGGCGGGCUGAAGUCGGGUACCAAUAAUGAUGAUUGCUGGCUUCUGUCGCAGAAGUCUUUCACCACGAAAAGUUGCUCAAAUCUUCCAAAAGGGAUGUGCUUUCAUCCGUCGGCCGGAUCGGGGCCGAUCGGUAAACCGCUACAGCAGCAGCCGGUGGACAACUUGUGCAGCCUUUCCGAGACUAUACUUUCCAACUUACGCAAAGCUGCUCAUGCCGUGCAUGUGAAACCAGCUAACCGAGAAACUUGCGGAUGUUCUACCAGCAGCCCGAACCCAAACCCACCGAAUACGCUACAACUACCGAUAGGCGUCCCAGCAACAGUGGAGCAAAGCUGUGAAGACAGUGGAAAAAGUGUGCAUCGCAAGAAUCAAUGUCUCGCUCCAGACGAAGACAAUCGGAUCGUAAACAUCAUCGAAACGCCCAACAUAGUGCCGAUUUCUAUGAAG